CCGGCAGGCAGAGGCAGAGCGGAGCAGUGUUCUCUGGGAUUCUGAGAGCCUUCAUGUUGAUUUCAGGUCUGAAGCAGCUUGGGCUUGGAAGAAGAUAUUUCCGGGCUUGGUCAUUUAGAGAAGAACUUGAUUUGAGGAGCGCAUUAACACGUUAGUCUGGUGUAGUGAAGGCGUCAAUAACGAUAAAGGGGAAUCCAUCAAAGGAUGUCUGGAAAAGCAACCAAUUCUUCUUUCUGGGCAUCAAAAUAUGGUACCACACCUGAUUUACUCUGCGGGAGGCCAGCUGACUACUUGGUUGAAGGAAACCAUUUCUCAAUGCUUGUAUUUGCCAUUAUUGCUUUGGGAGGGAUAUUGAAGAUGGUUUUGAAGAAUUCUGAAGCCAUUGUCUUUACAAUUAUUUCUCUGUGCGGCUUUGUGCUGGGACACUUUGCGUUACAUUUUGUUGAGGUGCACCAAAUUGUCUACGCUCUUCUGAGAACACCAAGUUUCUCACUUUUUUGUUAUUUUUCACCUUUAAUUAUAUUUAUGGCUGCUUUGGAUAUGGACUUCUAUACACUCAAGAAUGUAUUUUGGCAGGUCUUGUUGAUCGGAUUAAUUAGCACUUCCACAGCACUCGUCACACUUGGAUAUGUGGUUCCGAAAUUCAAUAAGGAUUCGUGGGACUUGCAAUCUUGCCUAUUCUUUGGCAUCACACUUGGCAUUACAGAUCCUCUUCAUUCUGUGAAUUCAUUGAAAAAUACUGGCAUUCCUAAAAUAUAUGCUGAUAUCAUCAGAGGAGAAUCUUUGAUCAUUUGUAGCCUUGCAGCAAUUUUCUUUGGACUUUUUCGGAGCAACACAACCUAUACUUCUAUGUAUAGAGAGUUAUACAUAUUCAUAGGAGUCUUCUUGGAUGUUUUUGGAAGCAUAAUAUGUGGAUAUUGGUGUGCAAAAAUCAUUCAACAUAUGCUGACUGACCCUUUUAGCAACACGAUGACUGACAUCAUUUUCUGCUUGUCGAUGGUGUACAUGACCUUCUAUAUCGUGGAAUUUUUGGGAAUGUCAGGCAUCCUUGCUUUGGUCACCGUAGGACUGAAUUUAGACUCCUUAAGCUUUAGACCGAGGAGCGAGCUCAUAAUUACUAAAUUUUUAGUAGUGCUUUCAUCUGCAUACCAACAUUUGACAUAUGCUUUCUUUGGCAUUGUGAUUGGAUGUGGCGAAAUCGAAUAUAUAAAUUUUCACACCAUAGUUUUCAUACUCAUCUUAUUUGUAACAGUGAAUUUUGCAAGGUUGCUUACCGUUUUGUUAGCGAGCCCCAUUUUGAAGCGUUUGAGUAAAGAAUAUGACUGGCGAUGGGGAGUUGUUAUUUCAUGGUCUGGAAUUAGAGGCGUUUUCAGCUUACUCUUGGCUCCCGAGGCUUAUAAUCUGGUUGAACAAAAAGUGACAGCACCGCAUAUGUUUAUACUCUACAUACAAGUAGUAUCAUUAUUAACCAUGGGAAUAAAUACAUAUAUGAUGAUUCACUCAGCCAGGACAUUAGGCUUGUUUGCUAUUUCCCUUCCAAGACAAAUUAUCAUGCAAAAUAUUAUUCAGCACAUCAAUGAGAUAAUACAGAGCACCAUAACUUUAUCUAAAACGGAAAAGCUUUUGACAAAUGUGAAUUGGAACUUUGUAGAAGAAAAAUCGAAGAUCGAAUACAUCAAUCCAGUUUCUGACGAUGAAGAAGAGGAAGAGGAGUCCCCAACAGAUGCAGUUUUGAUAGAAGAAGCCAGAUUGCCUGUAGCUAUGAUGCAAAUUAGUAGCUUUGAAAAACAGUGUCAUGACGAAGUCCUUGAGAUAGAGGCAGCCCGGAUAUUAAUUGGUGCAGCCAAACGCUAUUGCCCCAUCCAAGGAAGAUUCUUGAGUAUUUAUGAUGUUUCGACUUAUGUAAGAACUAGAAAUUGGCUUAUGAAGUUUAAAAAUGUGUUAACUUUCUUGGAAUAUCGUAAAGAAAAGCUACCUUUUAUUCUACCUGGAAGUAGUAAAUUUCUGAUUUUGGUAUAUCACAUCGUAUUUUCAGAAGAAUUUGAAUAUACAGGACAUAUUAUGACAUUGCUAUAUAUUUAUCCAAUGAUAAUGCAUCUAUGGCCAAUGGCGAGAGAGUUAAAUGUGUCAGCACUGAUAUCAAUAAACUAUUAUUUUGUAUUUUUUUAUGUAAUACGAUCAGCAUUGAAGAUCAUAAUUUUGAAAAGGAAAUAUUUUCACCAACGCUGGAAUACUUUGGAAUUUAUCAUCAUGAUAGUUGGAAUCGCUGAUACCAUUUGUCUAUAUUUUGUCAGACUGAGACCAGAAAACUUGGUUCUUAUUCAAUGUACAGUAAUAAUGGGAUAUUUAAGAAUAAUUAGGUUUCUUCCCAUCUUAAAGGUAAUAAUACCAGUACUGAAAAAUAUUGCAGAUGUGCAACUCCAAAAGCACCUCAGCUUGAUGUAUUGUGUAACAAAAGGCUACGUCAAAAGUCUAGAAGAUGCCAAACUUUUAAUCAAACAAAUUUCAGGCCGCGAAUCAGUGUAUCAGAAAUUAUAUGAAAUUUUGGAAACCAACCAACAAGAUGCUAUCAAAGAACUGGGACUCAUGGAGCAUGAGAAUCGCGAUGUGGUCAUUGCUGCGAAGACUAAGCUGGUGAUCCGGAAUGUGAUUUCCGACUCUCUGAAAGAUCUAGCCUUCCUCCGCUCAAGAGGCAUUAUUGAUAAAUACGAGGGCAUCGAGAUUAAGACGGCACUUUUUAAAAAAUUAAAAGUGUUGGAAAACUUUCCCAUGGCCAUCCCACCCCCUGCUCCCCACGAAUACCUUCAUAACUUCAUUUGGCUGGAAAAUGAAGACUUAAUCAUUGAUUUCUUCAGGGACAAAGUCACACUCGCCUGUUUUGACUAUGGAGAUAUCAUUUGUAGAGAAGGCGAAAUGCCAACUGGAAUCUACUUAAUCAUUUCAGGAAUGGCAAUUUUGCGUGGCUCGCCUCCUUCCUUUGGGGUAGAGAGUAGCCAGAGGCCUGAUAGAGAGUCCAAAACCAUGUUCACGGAGUACUGCACAAGUGGGGACAUCAUCGGAGAGCUGAGCUGUCUGCUCAAGCACGAAAUCGAAUACACCGCCAUCUGCGAGACCGUUCUAGAGGCCUGCUUUAUCUCCAUGGAGGAUUUAUAUGAAGGAUUUGAUGCCUUCUGGCCAUUCCUGGAACAUAAAAUAUGGCUAAAGCUUGCUCUUAGUAUUGCCCAUAAGUAUUUUGAAUCAAGUAUCAGCAAUGAGGACUUAGAGUUUCAGAAGUGUGUGACACUCAAGCACGCCUAUGUGGAGACUUUAUCAAGCGAUAAUGAAAUGGUGAUUAAUAACAUGACCAUGAAAUUAGUUAUCCUUGUGUAUGGCAGUGUGAUUGACACCAUGACGGAGCAGAUAUAUCUUGCACCUUGCAUCAUACCUAAAACCUGUGAACAGGUUCAGGGAAUUGCAGAUUUAACCAAGCUGCUGGUAAUCCGAGUGUCUGAGCCUUCCAAAAAGAGUAACACCCCCGUCAUGGAUCAUCGUCAACACCAGUCUUCGAACAGCCAACAGAGAAAAUAACUGGAAGG